AUGAGGCUGGCCCCGCCCGAGGAAACGACCAAGCCUUCGAAUCUAAAGCCCAAGAAGGAUAAUAAAAGAAAGAGGGUAUUAGAGCCCAAAGACCCCCAAGACAAGAAAACCUCCACUCGAAGCCUGCGGAAAAAGUUUGCUCAAACGGGCACAGACUCAGCCCAUGACUCCCCGGAUGGUGAGGAACAUGAUGAGGAACUAACAGAGCUAGUGACUCGGAUCGGGAGGUUAGUCGAGGCCGCCAAGCCUUCCAAACUAGAAAAUCCACCUUGUGGUGAGGAUGCCCGAAGGGAAGAGACGGGCAAGGCCCUCAUAUCCCCGGAGGUUGAGAUUGUCCCUCCGUCUUCAACAACUAUGCCAGAGGGGGUGAAUGCUGAAGCCCCCGAGGUUAAUGAGAACGCCCCGAGUGAAGAGCUCGGGAUCGUGACAAUAUGUCAUUCUCUUUCAUUGCCAACUUAUUCUAGGGAGGCCAUCGAGGAAGCUAACACUUUGCAUAUGCCCGACCCAAGUAAGGUCAUCGCGGACUAUCCUUUCCAGAGUUGCUAUGCUAGAGUUGAGGGUUUCGAUGACUUCAAUGAUGCACCAUCCAUUUUGAAGAGGCCCAGCGCCGCUGCAAAGUUUAGAGUUGAGCUGAGCCAAUGUGAGGCCGAGCUCAAGAAGAUUUCAAGCGAAGAAAAGGCCUUGAGGCUUCUCUGCGGUCAGAAAGAAGAGGAGCUUAAGGAUCUCCGAGCAGCAUUGGCUAAAUCUCGAAAAAGCGAAUCCGAGCUGGACGAGCAGGAAGCUAUUACGGCCCAACUGGUCUCGGCUGAGGCUAAGCUCCGAGAUCUUGAAGCGAAGGGCCUAGCUCAGGCUAUAAAAAUUGAGGGGAUGGAGGCCGAACUAGCUAAAUCCCGAACAGAAGUUGUGCAAGCUAAAGAUGAGGCUGCACAAACCAAGGCCAAAGAUGAGAGGAUGAAGAUUGCGACCGAUAAAUCUAUUUUUAUAUACACAAGAGAAGUCGUGGCCGUUCAAGCUGAGUUGAGAGCAGCCUCCAACCAAGCAAAAUGGAGCAUUCGUGCUCGAGGAUUUGACCUUGCCGAGGAGAAAGGGAAAGCACAAGCACGGGAAACCGAUGCUAGAUUUCUUGUCUCCUCUGAUGAUGAGGAUGUGAUGAGUGGCUCCGAGGACGAGGAAGGUGAAGAAGAUGCUUCUAAAGGGGAAGAGGAUCCAGAAGAUAAAGCUACCGGAGAUGAAGACGCCACUCCCCGGGACCUGGCCCCGAAAAUGGAUUAG